UGUGCAACAUGAUUGAAUCAGCUGACGCUGAAAAACACAAGACUGCUUGGCUAAUUUUUGACAGUCGUAGCUGAGAUCUUCAGGACGUCAGUGCUCAGGAAUAAUUCAAAAUACUUUCUCUUCUUCUACCCACUUCUUAAAAUUUACAAAUUUAAUUUAUGGCUUCAUGGGGCCUCUGUAAAAAUAUAACUUCGCUGCGCUCCUCCAUUAGAUUUUUGGGCACCAACCUGAGCAAUAAUGAAAGAGUCAGCAUUCGAUUCGUCUGCUCCUCCUGUACCAAUGGAAAUAAAAUUGUAUUGCGAGAAAACAGAGACCAAAAUGGAAGACGGACUUUUUUCACAUUGCCAGGCACUAAUAAGAAGAAAGAGUACCAGGGAAGAAAAAUCGUUGGUUACUCCAUGGAAGAAAUGUUCCUAGUAGUAUCCGACGUGGAGCACUACCGAGAUUUUGUGCCAUUCUGCCAGAGGUCCUUAGUUACCACAAGAACGGCAGAGAGGCUGCGAGCAGAGCUUGUGAUAGGCUUCCCUCCAGUGCGGGAAAGCUACGUGUCCAACGUGAGUCUGGUAAAACCCAAUCUGGUGAAGGCCGUGUGCACCGAAGGACAAUUAUUCAACCACCUUAUCAACUUCUGGAGAUUUAGCCCCGGGCUAAAGGACAAUCCCAGGUCUUGCACAAUAGACUUUUCCGUGUCCUUUGAAUUCAGAUCAGUUCUCCACUCUCAACUGGCUCAUGUAUUUUUCAAUGAACUAGUCAGACAGAUGGAAAAGGCCUUUGUCGAAGAGGCCCAACGACGUUAUGGGAGAGCCUCAGUUAAAACUCUAGUUUUGUCGUCUGGCACUGUUAAUCAAGCUGGUUCUUGAUUUUAAUUUAUUGUUACCAUUAACUUCCUUAAAUCAAAACUAGAUAAUUGAUGAUGGAUGCUUCCUUGUUCCGUUUGUUUUGACGGGUAUUAAAAUAAACAUUGCGUAACUGACGAGCAUAA